AUGACCUCCAAAAAGGGCCCAACCUCUCAGAGCCAGGGGAACGACACCGGCGACCGCCGCUUGAUGCCGGAAAGGGAGGACCAAACGCUCCAAAAAAUCACGUCGAUCUGGACAAACGAGGCCCUCGACGCGCCCUUCGAUACGGCGGAUUUUGAUAAAAAAAUGCAGCAACUUUUUAGCGAUGAGUACUACGAGGAAGCGAACUUGGAGGACGAAAUGGCGUACCUCGAUGCUGAGCUCGAUAAUGAGGAUGGGUUAAAGGGAACCAACACGACCAACGCCCUCCACGAGGACGAACCCUCAAAAGGGGAUAUUACACAACCUGGACUUCACGAUUUAUUCCUAGAGCCCGAUCUGUUCAACACCGGAUCUCUGGAGGACGCAAAACGCAUCGCGCACCAACAAGGCGAUCCCGACGCGGCGGACCUCUUGGCGGAUGAGCCGGAUCCUCUUUUACGCGAACUCGGCGCGAUCGAUCACGAGGACAUCGAUAAUAUAAAAGAGGAUCUUUUGUACCCCUCUGAGUUUUCGCGGCGGCAUGUUGGGAACUCGGCAUCCCCAACCUCAAAAAAAGGAAAAGCGGACGAACCCCCUGAAAACCGAAAUGAGGCACUUUUAUCGCGUCUAAAAGACGAACUCCAGCAAAAAGAGGACGAGUACAACAAACUUCACUACGAUGCUAAAAUUGCCGGCGGGGAGGUGGCAACCCGAUUUCGCUAUCGCGAAGUCCCCGCGGAGGACUUUACGCUGUCGGUGGAGGAGAUUCUCUGCCGGGAUGAUCGCCAGCUCAACAUGCUCGCUCCGAUGAAUUGCUAUGCGGCGUAUUUGGAUAAAAGAAGUAAUGAACGCGACCGCGGACGGAUCGAACGGCGGCGACGAAAAGGUAUUCGCGAGAUCGACCCCAGCCGCCCUUCCCGGCAUUACCACGACGUCUCGCGGACGAUUGUACUAAAUCCAAAUAUGUCCGAGGACGAGGGCAUGAAAGUCGUGGAACGGCUCCGCAAACGUUUACGCGAGGACGAGGAUGAGAAUAAUGAUCCUAAUCAUAAUAAUAAUAAUAACAAAAGAUUAGAAACCACCCAAAAGCCACGAGGAGGGGGUCCACAGGGGGAAAGGCCGCCGCAGGCGGGGAGGGGAAGUGGGAGGAGUCGCAGUGCGUAUUCUUCAAAUCCCCGCCACGACGUCUCGCACUACAACGGCGACCAGCCAAAUACAAAAAAAUUUCAUCGCGAAAAUCGGGGAGGGAGGGGCCGCGGAGGGUUCGUCCCCCCAUUCAGAGGUGGUCGGAGGUAG